CAGCCUUUCUAGUUUCCUCUAAGCAAGGUGCGCUGUUGCUCUUCCGCCUGGUACCCUGGUUGGUUGACUUGCUUCCUCAAUACAAGCCGUAAAAAUGCUGUUACGACGGUUACCUAUGUCGAUAUCGCUCACUACGGCUCUUUCAUGGCCGCAUCCACCUUUCAACUUCUCCCGGACUCAAACUGACUUUAUAUCCCUGAAAUCAAUCUCCGCUUACCCUAGAAUUGCCCCGCUCUCCUUCUGUUUUGGCUCUUAUAUUUCUCCCGAACUCACUGAUGCAAUCUCCGAAGAGUCGUCAAAACGUGGACCUCUGAAACCUGGUUUAUAUUUGGUGGGAACUCCAAUUGGAAACCUUGAAGAUAUCACUUUGAGGGCUCUCCGUGUAUUAAAAUCUGCUCAUGUGAUACUUUCCGAAGACACAAGGCAUUCGGGGAAAUUACUUCAGUAUUACAAUAUUAGAACUCCCCUUCUGAGUUAUCACAAAUUCAAUGAGUCUCAAAGAGAAUUGACGGUGUUAAAGAGGUUGAAACAGGGCGAGAUUGUGGCCCUGAUCAGUGAUGCAGGGAUGCCAGGCAUUAGUGAUCCUGGUGCAGAAUUGGCAAAGUUAUGUGUGGAUGAAAAUAUUCCUGUUAUUCCUAUUCCUGGACCUUCAGCUUUGGUAGCUGCUCUUUCUGCCUCAGGCUUGGCCACAGAUGAGUUUACUUUUGUUGGAUUUCUUUCUAAGCAUGCCAGAUCUAGGAGAGAGAGGCUGAUAGCCUCUGCAGAUGAAGCAAGAACCCAAAUAUUCUAUGUUCCUCCUCAUAAACUUUCUCAGUUUCUUGAAGAGACCUCAUCACUCUUUGGUUACUCAAGACAGUGUGUCAUGGCACGGGAAAUGACCAAAAUACAUGAAGAGUUUUGGCGGGGUACUCUGGGGGAGGCAAAAGAAGUUUUUUCAGGUCACCAACCUAAGGGAGAGAUCACGCUGUUGAUUGAAGGCAAGUUGAAUCAUCUGGUUGAACCUCCAUCAGAGAAUCAGCUUGAGAAUGAUUUGAGAGACCUGAUCUCUAGUGGGCAUAGUCUAUCUAUGGCAGUCAAAUUGGUGGCUGAAAAAACAUCAGUGAGGAGGAAAACUAUAUAUUCACUAGCAUUGAGGAAAUUGGGGAAGCAACUUGAAGUAGAGGAUACUUCAAAUUAAUUUACAUCAUUUUCAGAGUGGGAUAAAAGCUGUAAUUGAAUAAGGAACGCAAAGUGCAAUACUAAUGGCAAUUUUUAGCGGAGGUGGAACUGUUGGAGCAAAAGAAAACAAAAUGCUUUCCUCUGCGAAUUAUCCAGAUGCUAUUGCUGUAGCCUGUGUGGCUUAUCCAAGACAACAAAUAAGAUGUGUAGUUGAAGAGUAAUGAGAAAAGAGAGAACAAACAGAGCAUGCUAGAGAAAUAACAAGAAUGCACGCGGAUUGACUGUGCAAUAUUUGUUUUAAGUUUUAACCUGCAACAACUAUUCUGUUUUAGCAUCUAGCUGCACAGGGUCAUGCUUUUUAUUGAUGGGUGCAGUGGUGCAGCCCUAGUUUGAUUUUGUUCCUGAACCAUGUACUUAACAAAAUUAGAUCAAGUGAUUAAUCACCAAAGUUUUCCCUA